CGUGCCGCGCGGCUGCCCGGCAGGUCGGUGGGGAUCGGAGGUGGGGGGGAGCUCUGACAAUAGCCCGAUGGCCGCCGGCGGGGCGCCGCGCUCGGCCAUGGAAGCCGAGGAGCUGGGCAGAUAUUACGCUUAUCUCCAGCAAGCUCAAGCUUUUUACACAUUUCCGUUCCACCAGAUGAUGACUGCACCACCUACCAUGGAAACCAUGACUGAGCAGCCAACUCUAGAGGGCAUUCCAGAGCCAAACCUUGCUCAGGAACCUCCUAAAGAAGUUAAAAAAGGUGGAAGGAAGAGAAAAGCCAAAGCAACUGAGCCAAAGCAACCUAAAAAGCCUGCUGCUAAAAAAGAAAAAGCGACCAAGUCGAAAGGGAAACAAGAAAAGAUCACAGAUACUUUUAAAGUGAAAAGAAAAGUGGACCGUUUUAAUGGUGUGUCUGAAGCUGAGCUUCUGACAAAGACUUUACCUGAUAUUUUAACCUUCGAUCUGGACAUCGUAAUAAUUGGCAUAAACCCUGGCUUGAUGGCAGCUUACAAAGGGCAUCAUUACCCUGGACCUGGAAACCAUUUUUGGAAGUGUCUUUUCAUGUCUGGUCUAAGUAAUGAACAGCUGAACCAUAUGGAUGACCACACCUUACCACAUAAAUAUGGGAUUGGAUUUACAAAUAUGGUGGAAAGGACAACACCUGGAAGCAAAGACCUCUCCAGUAAGGAGUUUCGAGAAGGAGGGCGAAUUCUGAUGCAGAAAUUACAGAAGUAUAAACCUCGUAUAGCAGCUUUCAAUGGAAAAUGUAUCUAUGAAAUUUUUAGUAGAGAAGUCUUUGGAAUACGAGUUAAGAACUUGGAAUUUGGAUUGCAGCCACACAAAGUACCAGAGACAGAAACUCUGUGCUACGUCAUGCCAUCAUCCAGUGCAAGAUGCGCUCAGUUUCCUCGUGCACAAGAUAAAGUUCAUUAUUACAUAAAGCUAAAAGACUUACGAGAUCAGCUGAAAGGCAUUGCACCAAACACAGAGGUGCAGGAAGUGCAGUACACGUUUGACUUACAGCUUGCACAAGAGGAUGCUAAAAAGAUGGCUGUCAAGGAAGAAAAGUAUGAUCCAGGUUAUGAAGCAGCAUAUGGAGGAGCUUACUGCGAUCGUGCACCAUAUGAAAGCGAACAGUGCAAUUUCUCUUCAAAUGGAACUGCACCAAGCAAUCCACAGUACUGUGAGGGGUCAUCUUUCGGUGAAGUUCCUAAUGGACAAUGGAUGACACAGUCUUUUGCAGACCAGAUUCCACAAUUCAGUGCUGGUAUGACACAAGAACAAGAGGAAAGCAGUGCAUAAGAACUCUUUCUUCUUAGCUAUGCAUACAUGCUGCAGUUUUAAUGCAGUGAUCAAGAUUGGUACCUCGGUUCUCCAACUGAAGCAUUUUAAUAGUAUUUUAUCUCCCUUAGAUAUUUUAUUAUAGUCCUAAGUAAGUGUGUGGUAGGCUCAAAUCAAUGAACUAGGUAAUUUUAAGGAACUGUCCAAACUUCAAAAAAAAAAAAAAGCCUUUUUUUUUUGUAUAUGAGUUUUAUAUUUAAUGUAUGCCAUUUCUUGCAGUUUUUGACAAACUGCUUUCUCAUUUGUGAAGAUUUCUUUGGGGCGCUAAUUUUAUUCCAUAAUUUGUAAAGUAGGAGUAAGAGCAGCAGUAUACUUUUUAUUGAUGCAUCAAUAUUUGGAUAUCUCAUAGCUCUUUUAUAUCUAGAGGGGAAAAUGGAAGUGUACCCUUAUCUUACACGAAGUGGUGUUUUUAAUAAUGCACAGUUAAACAAGUGGUGCUUUUUAAGACUCCCUUUGCACUUCAAGGCAGGAAUAGAGACCUCUUGUCUAUUUGGUGACUGGACCAUAGGCAAGUUUAAGGGAGCAGAGACAACACUGGUCAGGAAAAUUCACGUCACACAGGACAGGGCCUAAAGUAUUUUAGUCUUAUAAUAAGGUGUUCUUAUCAUUCCGUCUCUUUCUCCUUUAAAUUCUAGUGUAAAGGAACUGGAAUUCCUUAAAAAAGAAAAGUGGUUCUCAAAUCUGUGGCGUUUGUCAGUCACUUCUCUGUGAUUAGUCUCUUCUCCUGAACCUUAGCAAGUGAACAGUUUAUAUGGCAGGGAAUUGAAAGAUUGUAUUCCCUGUGAAAACCCAUCUGCAGUUAUGUUAUUUGUGUCAGGUACAGUUAGCACAGGGUGAAAGCAGAUUGUGCUUUAGCAGUUUUUUUAUAUUACUUUCUCUUCAAGACUUUAGGCGGUGUUUUUCUUACACGUCUUAUGCGUAAAAAAAUUACUAAGUUGAAGACAAGGGCAGGUGUUCCAUGAAUUAAGUUAACAGCUGUUGGAAUUACAGCUUUCUUCUGAGGAACUUGCUCAAACAAUACACAACCUUGGCCAAUAUUGGUGACUGAGAAAGAAAGGAGAUUCUGUGCUUGUGUCUAAUCAUCAUCUACUUUCCCUCUUCUAACAUGUGAGGAAGAGAUGAAGUAAAAGCAGUAAGCUGAUCAAAACGUUCACGUUUUGAUGAUCUUAUGAGAAGGUGCUUCACAUACUUGAAAAAUAGAUACAAGCAGUAUCUCUGUACUCGGUGCUGCUCGCAGGUUCCUGUUCUGGUGCUUUAUCCUUUCCUCACAGCCGCUGACAGUCGUCAUGCACUGAGUGCAAUUAGUUGGCCUAGAUGCUAAUCCUGCUGUAACAGCUCGCACUGAGCUCACACACUGCCAUCCUGUUGUGAGGCAGGCAUGAUGUUUACAGUUCUCUUCCCAAAUUAUGUGGCUUAAUUCUGAGCGUCUGAAAUCAAGAAAGUGUGCAUUAUGAUUGUAUUUAUCAGCUUCAGCAUAAAGCUGCUCCGUAUGUUGUCAGAACGGCAUAGGAUUUGUCUUGUCUGUUAUUUAAAGUGUACUGUAUCACGUAUUGCUGUUUACAUGGAUGUUUUCCCACAGGUGCUCAAAGUACCUCACGUCAGGGAUUUGUUACAAUUCAGUUUUAUUUUUCAGCAAAAUUAGAAGCAUGUAACUAGCACUGCUGGUGAGAUAGCACAGUAGUACAGAACUACAGUACUGCUCUCCUGUUUGAGUUGAAGGGAAAGGUCUCUUCUGGAACAGAGGCACCUACUAGGUAUAAAAUACAGUUACGUGUAUAAUGACUUUCACUCAGUACUACAGUUUGUGUACUCCCUUGGGACCGGUGCUCUUUUCAUUACAGUAAUCCAGAGGUUCUUAAUCUGUCUUAAAUCUCUCUCUGUUUCACAAUAAAAUCAGGAAUUGUA